AUGAGGUAUUACGCCCAGCACUCUGCCGCCGCAUACUGCAACAUUGGUACCCGUGCCGGCCAGCAAAUUACAUGCGGAAAUAAUGCCUGUCCUCUUGUCGCGCAGAACAGGGCCAAGGUGGUGACAUCUGUAGUCGGUGGUCUUACCGGAGCUGGUGCCUAUGUAGCCAUUGACCACGUCCGCCGGGAAAUCGUCGUGUCUAUUCGUGGUAGCAAUAAUAUCCGCAACUACAUUACCAACCUCAUCUUUUCCUGGAGUGAUUGCGACUUUACAACAAAAUGCCAAGUUCAUGCCGGCUUUGCCCAGGCCUGGGACGAGAUUAAGGUCGCUGUUAACAAGGCUAUUACGCCCGCCACAAGGGGGAAACGUCAAUAUGCUGUUGUAUUUACCGGACACUCCCUCGGAGGGGCUGUAGCAACUCUUGGCGCAGCCUACCUUCGCCGUAGUGGUCUGCACGUCAGGCUCUAUACAUAUGGAUCCCCUCGCGUUGGUAACGACCGGUUCGCAAGCUGGUUCUCCAACAUACAGGGCGGCCAGUGGCGCGUUACUCACGAAGAUGAUCCUGUCCCCCGCCUGCCCCCCAGCUUCUCUGGCUACCGCCAUAUUACCCCAGAGUACUGGCUUUCUGGCGGAAACGGCGGAAACACCUACAAGACGGACUAUACCAUCGCUAACGUCAAGGUCUGCGAAGGCAUCGAUAGCACCCAGUGUAACGCAGGUCGCGAUGUCACCGAUAUCAACGCUCAUCUAUACUACUUUGGUGCCAUAGCUUCCUGCGCCCCUUCCUCGUUACAGCUAAGAGAUGCCGACGGACAAGAUGAUCCCUUGCCCAAGGACGUUAGCGAGCGCCUUGCUGAUUGGAGUCGAAAAGACCAGGAGUUUGCGAAGAAUGAAAAUAUCUAG